AUGUCAAGAUUCGGUGGACGAUUCGUACCCAACCUCGAGCACGAAGUGCGCCGACAGGCUACCGAGCCAAUCGUGAAAUGGCGCCAGGAAUGGGUUGUUCCCACAGGAACCGCACCCGAUGGCAGCGCGUCAUCGUCUUCCUCUACUACGGUCGGUGUCAAGAUCCUCAAAUGGGUUCGCGCACCGGAUGAGCUCAUCACGUUCCCCGAAGAGCAAGAUGUGCUGGCAGAGGAUCGAGUAGCGGACGACGCGGCGAUUGUGGAAGCGCCCGUGCAGAGUAUCCACAACGCGCCGGCUGUGGGAACGCCUGCUGCAGGAGGGUCGCUCUCGAGUGCUGAUGGUGGGCUGGGCACUAUCGCUCCAAAAGACCCUCCAGCCGCACCUUCAGCAGCUGUGGGUGAGGGAAGCGAGGUUGUUCCAGCCUCUGCGAUCCCAGCACACGUCACACAGUCUACUUUGUCAGAACCAAGCUCCAGCGUCAACACCACCGUUGACAACACCCCCGAUGACUCCCUCGCCCACACACCAGCCGCUUCAGCACUCGAACCGAGCACCACACAACCACAGCCGCUCAGUCAAGCACCCUCGUCUCAAGGAGAAGCAGGGACUGCAACAGGCACAGGAUCCAACACGCCCCAGAUCCAACCACAGGUCGAAUCGCAGCUCCACGACAAGCCCGUGCUCGGUCAGGAGACCGACAAUGCUACGCUAGCAGUGCUAGCCGCAGGCGCAGAGGCGGAGCAGGCUACAGCAGCGCAGGAAGAGACGCUCUUGACGACGGAUCCGGCCGCUUCGGCGCCUGCCACGACGUUCGAGGACGAGGUACCGGUUGCAGCUGCUCCUGCUGGUGAUGUCGAGAUGAAAGACGCUUGA